GGGGCGUUGUGUGGAAGCACAUGGUCCCCACUCAUAAGACAACACUCCUCGCCAGUAAUUACCCUGGAAUUGAUACAUUCCAGUGGGAGACAGCAGCGGCUUGUGCACGUGUUAACGUUUUCACCGCUUGCUCUUCAUUUCUGUGACAUAUCUCAAUUUUGCGCGAGGCAGCUUUGGAAUUGAACGUCUGUGAAUGGGGAAAGUGCACGGAGUUGAAUCAGCUGUCCUCGGGAUUUCCUAUGGCACCACUCGGCUAUUGAUCAUAUUUCAGGAAGUCAUUUAAAUUUUUUAUUUUUGGGGUGGAGGGGGUGGGGGUGGGGGGGAUUCUCCUGCACAUCAGCUGUUGUUGGAUUGUAUGAUGGUUGCGCUACAGUGAAACAGUUGGCCAGUCCCGUCCACGCUUCAGCCGGGCAUCAUGAACCUCGGGAGCCGGAGUCUGAACUUUAUCAUUUUGACAACACUUCAGGCUUUAGCAGUCUCUGUCUCGGUUCAUGACAGUGGGCUCUCCAGAUCUGUUGAAGGUAAGAGGCGAAGAAGAAGAAAUGUUUUGAGCGCGACUGUUCAACACAGACCAACAGCAAAGCAGAAACACUAUGGGAAUACAGUUCCUCUUCAGCUUGUUGGACAAGACUGGAAACCGAUCAGCCAGCUCAAAUCCCAGCGUCACCCUGCAUCACUAAAGCUCAUGAUUGAAGCGGAAGGUGAGCAGCUGCUCUUGGCUCUGGAGAAAAACGAGGGGCUGUUUGCAAGUAACUAUACAGAAACCCAUUACCUGGAAGAUGGCAUUGCGGUCACAGGCUUUCACAACUUCACGGCAAACUGCUACUACCACGGUCAGGUGGAGGGUCAUGUCAACUCGGACGUCAGCCUCAGUACCUGUGCUGGUGUUAAAGGUUUCAUAACUCUUGAAGGCAAAUCCUAUGUACUGGAACCAUCUGCUGAUCACUCUGAUGGGACUCACUGGAUCUACACAGCUGAACACCUCAAUGUUGCACCUGGCACCUGUGGCCAUGAAUUUAACACAUCCUACUCUAUUGAACAUGCAGACAGCAGUCCAUUUAAGGCAUUUGGCACAAGGCAUAAACGCCAUGUCCAGACUACGACCAAGUAUGUGGAGCUGAUCAUUGUGGCCGACAACAGAGAGUUUCAGAAGCAAGGCAAGGACAUGGAGAAGGUCAAGCAGCGACUGGCUGAGAUCGCCAAUUAUGUGGACAAGUUCUACAGGGCUCUGAAUAUCCGUGUGGCCCUGGUGGGCCUGGAGGUGUGGAGUGAUGUGGACAAGUGCCCCAUCACCCAGGACCCGUUCACCACCUUGCACGAGUUCCUAGACUGGAGGAAAGUCAAGCUGCUGCCCCAGAAGCCUCAUGACAACGCCCAGCUAAUCAGUGGGGUUUAUUUCCAGGGCACCACCAUUGGAAUGGCACCCAUCAUGAGUAUGUGCACAGCAGAACAGUCGGGAGGAAUUGUCAUGGACCAUUCGGACAACCCCCUUGGCGCUGCAGUCACCCUGGCCCACGAGCUUGGACACAAUUUUGGAAUGAACCACGAUACCCCAGAGAGGGGGUGUGGCUGCAGGGUGACCGUGGAUCGUGGAGGCUGCAUCAUGACUCCCUCCACUGGGUACCCGUUUCCCACAGUGUUCAGCAGCUGCAGCAAGAAGGACCUCACGGCCAGUUUUGAAAAGGGUGUUGGGAUGUGUCUGUUCAACAUGCCUGAGGUCAAGGUUCUCUACGGUGGGCAAAAAUGUGGCAACGGCUACGUGGAGGAGGGAGAGGAGUGUGACUGUGGAGAACUUGAGGAAUGUGUGAAUCCCUGCUGCAAUGCUACUACCUGCACUCUGAAGGGGGAUGCUGUUUGUGCACAUGGACAGUGCUGCCACGACUGUCAGCUGAAGCCAGCAGGCACCCCAUGCCGUGAAUCCAGUAACUCUUGUGAUCUGCCUGAGUUCUGCACCGGCGGCAGCCCUCACUGCCCCUCCAACGUCUACCUGCACGACGGCCACGCCUGCCAUAACGUGGACGGCUACUGUUAUAACGGCAUUUGCCAGACUCACGAGCAGCAAUGCAUCACACUGUGGGGCCAAGGAGCAAAGGCAGCUCCAGGCAUCUGCUUUCAAAGGGUCAACUCAGCUGGAGACCCCUAUGGCAACUGUGGCAAGGACUCCAAAGGCUCCUUUGCCAAAUGUGAAUCACGAGAUGCUAAAUGUGGCAAAAUCCAGUGUCAAGGAGGAGCUAACCGCCCAGUAAUUGGUACCAACGCUGUUUCCAUAGAAACAAACAUUCCCAUGCAGGAAGGGGGUAGGAUACUAUGCCGAGGCACACAUGUCUACUUGGGGGAUGACAUGCCCGACCCCGGCCUGGUCCUGACAGGGACCAAGUGUGGAGAUGGACUGAUGUGUCUGAAUCGUCGUUGCCAAAAUGUUAGUGUCUUUGGUGUGCAAGAGUGCUCAGCCAAGUGCAGCAGUCAAGGGGUUUGCAACAACAACAAGAACUGUCACUGCGAGGCCCAUUGGGCGCCCCCCUUCUGUGACAGGGCAGGUUUUGGAGGGAGUGUGGACAGUGGUCCCAUCAGAUUAGCAAGCAGUGGGAAUCUGACAGUGGGCAUCCUGUUGGCUUUCCUUACUGUCCUGGGAGCUGCUCUGAUCAUCUGCAUCAAGAGAAAAGCAGUACUGGGUCGUCUCUUCAUAAGUAAAAAGAACCCAAUUGAGAAGCACAGAUCAGUAAACGCUGCAAUCAGCGGCCCAUCCACUCCGAACCAGCCUCGGUCAUUAAGCACGACGUCUCCAUCUCGACCGGCCCCGCCUCUGCCACAUAGUGCCCCCAUCUUCAAGCCUCCUCAUCGGGGACUAAAGGCGGUGCUACCACCGCCCCCCUACCCCUCCCACAGCCUACGCAGACUGCCCCAGUGCCCUACGGUUCACCUCAGCCACCCUGUCCCUCUGUCUUUCACCCUGUCCCUCGCCCCUGGCCCCGGGCUGCCGAGACCCCCGCUGCCUCCUCCUCACAUCGAUGUCUUACCAAGGGGGGCGUUGUUUCGCAGUGCAUCUUGCCAUACCUCUUGCAGGAUGGUCAUGGAGUUGGAGAAGCCCAGUCCUCCUCAGAAACCCCUUCCGGCCGAUCCAAGGAGUUCUCGUCUGGUUCGAAGUCCUUCUGUAGUCCAGGGGCCUUCUGCUGUUUGCGGCCCUGCACCAUUACCUGGCACAUCCAGACCUGUACCACACCCCAUCAGACCCAGUCCCAAGCAACCUCCAACACUACCAAAGCCUUGCAUAACCGCCAACGUGAAAUACAGCAGCUGAGACUUUGGCCAGAUAGGACAAUGUUGUGAUAAUACACUAAAGAAUUUGCACUAUGAAAACUCUGAAAACCUUAAAAAGAAGGCGGCUUCUCUGAGCUUUGUAUCAGGAGAUCUUGCCGUGUCCCUUUGGUGCUCUGUCCCUAAAUAGGUGCUACGAGUCUGAGCUCAGGUACAUGUAAAGUAUUUAUAUUCUGUAUUUAUUGCCAUGCAGUGCACUGUGCCAGACACUUUUACUACACGGUAGCAACUUAGAAGUUUAAAUUUGUCUUUUGCAUCAGUUUCACAAUUUGUUAUUUCUCAUGAACUGGGAUAAUCAAGGACAGCGAAGGGAGAUUUAAACAAAAGAAAUUAUGAAAAAGUAAAGCCAAUCUGUGACAUUCUAAUUCCCGAAAUGUUUUUACAAAUUGUGUUUUAAAGAAGGGAACCCUUUACAUGAUGGUUUUAUUUGUACACUACAGGAAAAGGAGUAUUGUGCAAUGAUAUAUAGAACAGACAACACUUACUGAAGGGUAAUGCUCUGUGUAGCACCUUUUGAGCCAAUCUGAUAAGGCUUGAAACA